GGUCGCGCGUUAUAAAUAGAGGCUGCAGCCGGGGCAAACAAAAUGAGCACCGACAUCCGAAGGACCCGCGUCCGGCCACCGCUUCAUGAUCUUAGUGAGAAGGAUGCUGCAGCAAGCUCUUCGAGUAUCCGGCCGGAGCGCCUUCCCCCUGGUCAAGUGGAUGGAAAGAUGGGCCGAGGGCGCGUCAGCCGCUGCGCACGGUGCCAAGGACGUGAGGACGCUGGACGACAUGCCCGGACCGUCCGUGGCCAGCUUCGCCUGGGACCUGUUCGCCAAACGGGGGCUGUCCAGGCUUCACGAGUUACAGCUGGAGGGGGUGCAGCGCUACGGCCCCAUGUGGAAGGCCAGCUUCGGCCCUAUCCUGACAGUUCAUGUGGCUGACCCGGCGCUCAUCGAGCAGGUGCUGAGGCAGGAGGGCCAGCACCCCAUGCGCUCCGACCUUUCCUCCUGGAAGGAUUACAGGAAGCUCAGGGGACAUCACUAUGGACUCUUGACAUCUGAGGGGGAGGAGUGGCAGGCGGUGAGAAGUCUCCUGGGGAAGCACAUGCUGCGGCCGAAGGCAGUGGAAGCUUACGAUGAAACCCUGAACAGCGUGGUCACUGACCUCAUUGCCAAACUUCGCCUCAGCAGACGUCCCGGAGGCCUCGUCACUGAUAUCGCCAGAGAGUUCUAUCGCUUCGGCCUCGAGGGUAUUUCCUCCGUGUUGUUUGAGUCCAGAAUUGGUUGCCUGGAUCAGGUGGUUCCUGAAGAGACAGAACGUUUCAUCCAGUCUAUCAACACCAUGUUUGUGAUGACGCUUCUUACUAUGGCCAUGCCCAGCUGGUUGCACCAGCUGUUCCCUAAACCUUGGAAAGUCUUCUGUCAGUCCUGGGACUACAUGUUUGAUUUCGCAAAAGGUCAUAUCGACCAGCGGCUGACAACCGAGGCAGAGAAAGUUGCUCGUGGAGAAAAGGUGGAGGGCCGUUAUCUCACCUACUUCCUGUCCCAGAUGGGCCUGCCCAUAAAGACUGUCUACAGCAACGUCACAGAGCUGCUUCUUGCAGGAGUUGACACGAUCUCCAGCACGAUGUCCUGGUCCCUGUAUGAGCUGUCCCGUCACCCUGAGCUGCAGGCCUCGCUCCGGAAUGAGGUGUUGAGCGUGCUGAAGGGUCGGAGGAUAGCGGAGGCAGCAGAUGUUGCUCAAAUGCCUCUCCUGAAAGCCACAGUCAAAGAAGUGCUCAGGUUGUACCCGGUGAUUCCUGCAAAUGCACGGGUCAUUACAGAAAGAGACAUCCAGGUUGGAGGCUACCUCCUCCCUAAAAAUACUCUGAUCACCCUCUGCCAAUAUGCAACCUCAAGGGAUCCGGCAGUGUUUCUGAAUCCAGAUGAAUUCCACCCUCAUCGAUGGUUGAACAAGGACCAGGCUCAUCACCCGUACGCCUCUGUACCGUUUGGCGUGGGAAAACGCAGCUGCAUAGGUCGUCGUAUCGCUGAGCUGGAGCUCUAUCUUGCCCUUUCCAGGAUCCUCGUAGAGUUCGAUGUGAAGCCGGACCCAGAAGGAGUUUCCGUGAAGCCCAUGACACGGACGCUUCUAGUUCCUGACAAUGUCAUUAGCCUCCAGUUUAUCGAGCGAUGACCUACUCCCCCCUGAGCUGAUCAGUUACGUGAACGUGAGUCCCCUCAGCAGCAGGAACACUGGCAGGCGGAGCCACCACAGGAACCGUGAGCCCGCCACACACAGUGGAACAUAUCAGAGCAGACCUUUAACCUUCAACACAACUCAGACCAAAGCCCUGCGUACCUGUCACCUCGGCUGGAGA